CGGUCUUUGGGGGGGGGGGGACAUGCCGUGGCCGUUGCCCUCGCAACGUAACCGGGAGACCGGUAUUUGUAAAUCUGUGCUUCGAUUUCUAAUCCCAAAGCCGGCAGGUUUUCUCCAAAUGGCUGUCUCCUGAUUCUGUCCGUAUUUAAGAAUGAGCUAGUAGAAGGGCCGACUGGGAGUUCUGUGUACGGAGACAGGGUUGUCAACUGGUUGCUAUGGAAACAUAUGACUAAAUAAACGGAAGUCCAUUCUGAUAAUUCUGAUACCUGAGAUGUAACUGGACUAAAGAGUGGAACAGGAAAAAUUUUAGUGCCAACCUCAAUUACAAUGGCUACUGAUUCAGGAGAGCCAGCUAGCACAGAAGAUUCUGAGAAACCUGAUGGAGUUUCAUUGGAAGACAGAGCUCCUCAGCUUGCAGCAACUUUGACAGUGGAAGCUAGACUAAAAGAAAAAAAUAGUACCUUCUCUGCUUCUGGGGAGACUACAGAAAGGAAGAGAUUCUUCCGAAAGAGUGUUGAGAUGAUGGAAGAUGAUAAAGUUGCUGCAUCUUCCUCCAAAGAUGAGAGAAUGAAGACCACAACCAAUAUUCCAAGAGUAGAAAAACUUCCUACAAAUGUGCUAGGAGGUGGACAAGAAGUUAAAUAUGAACAGUGUUCAAAGGCAACUUCAGAGUCCUCAAAAGAUUGUCUCAAGGAGAAAAGUGAAAAGGAAAUGGAAGAAGAAGCAGAAAUGAAGGCUGUAGCUACUUCUCCUAGUGGGAGGUUCCUGAAAUUCGACAUUGAGCUGGGAAGAGGAGCAUUUAAAACAGUAUAUAAAGGAUUGGACACUGAAACAUGGGUUGAGGUUGCUUGGUGCGAGCUGCAGGAUCGGAAAUUAACCAAAGCUGAGCAGCAAAGGUUCAAGGAAGAAGCAGAAAUGUUAAAGGGUCUCCAACAUCCCAAUAUAGUUCGAUUUUAUGAUUCCUGGGAAUCUAUAUUAAAAGGAAAGAAAUGUAUUGUAUUGGUGACUGAACUUAUGACAUCAGGAACUUUAAAGACGUACUUAAAACGAUUUAAAGUCAUGAAACCAAAGGUCUUAAGGAGCUGGUGCAGGCAAAUUUUAAAGGGGUUGCAGUUCUUGCACACUAGGACUCCUCCCAUUAUUCACCGGGAUCUGAAGUGUGACAAUAUUUUCAUCACUGGACCCACUGGAUCUGUGAAGAUUGGUGAUCUAGGCCUAGCCACCUUAAUGCGAACAUCAUUUGCUAAGAGUGUUAUAGGGACUCCUGAGUUUAUGGCCCCAGAGAUGUAUGAAGAGCACUACGAUGAAUCUGUAGAUGUCUAUGCUUUUGGAAUGUGUAUGCUGGAAAUGGCUACUUCAGAGUACCCUUAUUCUGAGUGCCAGAAUGCAGCUCAAAUAUACCGUAAAGUAACUAGUGGCAUAAAACCAGCCAGUUUCAAUAAAGUCACUGAUCCUGAAGUGAAAGAAAUCAUUGAAGGAUGUAUUCGCCAAAACAAAUCAGAAAGGUUGUCUGUCAGGGACCUACUAAACCACGCAUUUUUUGCUGAGGAUACAGGACUGAGGGUGGAAUUAGCAGAGGAAGAUGACUGCUCAAAUUCAUCCCUGGCCUUAAGACUCUGGGUUGAAGACCCUAAAAAAUUGAAAGGCAAGCACAAAGACAAUGAAGCAAUUGAAUUCAGUUUCAAUUUAGAAACAGAUACCUCUGAGGAAGUAGCGUAUGAAAUGGUCAAGUCAGGAUUCUUCCACGAAAGUGAUUCCAAAGCUGUUGCUAAGUCCAUUAGAGACCGGGUCACCCUGAUAAAGAAGACAAGGGAGAAGAAGCCAGCUGGCUGUUUGGAAGAACGCAGGGAUUCCCAGUGCAAGUCUGCAGGGAAUGUACUCCCUCAGCCCCAGAAUACAGCUUUGCCCCCUGCUCCUGCUCCACACACUGGGGCUGAAUGUGAAGAACCUGAAGUUGAUCAACAUGUUCGACAACAGCUUCUACAGAGAAAACCCCAGCAGCAUUGCUCCUCUGUUGCAGGUGACAAUUUGUCUGAGGCAGGAGUUGGAUCUGCUGUACACUCAGAUACUUCAAGUCAGCCCAGUGUAGCCUAUUCGUCAGACCAGAUGAUGGUUUCCAACAUCCCACAGGCUGAAAUUAAUGUUCCAGGGAUGAUUUUUCCAUCCCAGCAGCUAGUAGGACAUUACCAGCAGAUUUCAGGGUUGCAACAGCAGCCAAAGCUGACUCAGCCCCACAUUUUGCCUUUGGUUCAAGGUCAGUCCACUGUUUUGCCUGUGCAUGUACUUGGACCUCCGGUUGUCUCACAACCCCAGGUUUCCCCAUUAACUGUCCAGAAAGUCUCACAGAUAAAGUGUUGGAAUAAGUCAUUUCUCCAGGAAACCUUCAUCCCUUAUAGUUUGGAAAACAAGAUAAGAGCUAAGCCUGUAUCCCAGGCAGUUGGAAUUGAACAAGCAACUCUUCUAAAACCGGAUUUAGUUAGAAGUUUGAAUCCUGAUGUGGCAGCUGUGAAAGAAAACAUCAAUACCUCCGAUAAUCCAUGUGGAAAUGGCAAACAAGAUCGGAUCAAACAAAGAAGAGCUUCCUGCCCUCGACCAGAGAAGGGGACUAAAUUCCAACUUACUGUCCUUCAGGUAUCAAUAUCUGGAGACAAUAUGGUGGAGUGUCAACUGGAGACACACAACAACAAGAUGGUCACCUUCAAAUUUGAUGUUGAUGGUGAUGCACCAGAGGAUAUUGCAGACUAUAUGGUUGAAGAUAACUUUGUGCUAGAAAGUGAGAAAGAAAAAUUUGUAGAAGAAUUGAGGGCUAUUGUAGGUCAAGCCCAGGAGAUCCUUCAUGUCCACUCUGCUGCAGAUAGAGCCAUCGGAAUUGACUCUAUUAUUGUGGAAUCCAACAAUAGCCAAACAGGAUCAUCUGAACAAGUACAGAUAAAUUCUGCAUCCACUCAAACCAGCAAUGAAUCUGUUCCACAGUCAUCCCCAGUUGGUCGGUGGCGAUUCUGUAUCAAUCAAACAAUAAGAAACCGUGAGGCUCAAUCACCUCCUACUCUUCAGCAGUCCAUAUCUACAGUUCCUGGGCUGUCUCUGCUUCCUGGUCCAAGAACCACAAGUAAUAAGGAAAUAUCACAGGACACAGUGCCCACUCUAGAAAGUAAUCCAUGCCAGCGUGUACUUUUUGCCUCCAAAUCAGAACUCAAGGAUGUAGUUGAUGGUAAGAUUUCUGAAUAUGCCAGUGUAGAAACUAAGCAGCCAGCUAUAUUGUAUCCAGUGGAAGAUGACAGGCAGAUAAUGGCACGAGUUACUAGUAGUUCAAGUUAUACUGCUACUUCAGUUCGUGCAGUUCCAGUUGAAUGUGAGGGACUCACCAACCGAGCAGGCAUAUUUCUACCUGUAUAUCCAUGUCACCAAGCUUCCAGUCAGGCUGAUGUACCUAUGGUCCCUCCUGGCGAGUCAACUCAGAUUGCUGGUAACUCUGUUACAACUCUGGCAUUUGUAUCUGAUCAAAAGCCUCAAUCCUUAGCAGUGCAGCAGCCAACUAUGGAUGCAGAGUUUAUUUCCCAAGAAGGAGAAACCACAAUGAACACUGAAGCAAGUUCUCCUAAGAUGGUCAUUCCCACUCAGACCCCUGGCCUUGAACUGACUACCCUUCUACCCACUACUAUCCUGGAAUCAGAUGGGGAAAGACCUCCAAAAAUGGAGUUUGCAGACAACCGAAUUAAAACUCUGGAUGAAAAAUUAAGAAACUUGCUCUAUCAGGAGCAUAGCAUAUCUAGCAUCUAUCCUGAGAGUCAGAAGGAUACCCAAAGCAUAGACUCUCCAUUUUCUUCCUCUGCUGAAGAUACGCUUUCAUGCCCAGUGCCAGAAGUCAUAGGCAUCAGUCACAGUGGAAUUCAAGAUAGUCCUGCACAGUCCCCUAAUUUUCAGCAGACAGGCUCUAAGAUUCUGUCCAAUGUGGCUGCAAGUCAGCCUGCUAACAUAUCAGUAUUCAAAAGGGACCUGAAUGUGAUAACUUCUAUACCCAGCGAAUUAUGUUUACAUGAGAUGUCCCCAGAUGCUUCACUGCCAGGGGAUCCAGAGGCCUAUCCUGCUGCUGUGUCAAGCGGUGGAGCCAUUCAUCUGCAGACAGGAGGUGGAUAUUUUGGCCUAAGCUUUACUUGUCCUAGUCUCAAAAAUCCUAUUAGCAAGAAAUCCUGGACUCGCAAAUUAAAAAGCUGGGCAUACAGGCUACGGCAGUCAACCAGCUUUUUCAAGAGAUCAAAAGUCCGUCAAGUGGAAACAGAAGAUAUGAGAUCAGCAGUUGCUCCUGAUCCCAUUCCCCUGACGGGAGAGUCCAUGGCUGAUACUAGGGCUUUGAGUAGAUGUAAAGCAAUGAGUGGAUCAUUUCAGCGGGGUCGGUUCCAGGUUAUUACAGUUCCUCAGCAGCAGUCAGUGAAAGUGACAUCUUUUGGAAUAGAACACACACCAGCAUUCAAAAAAAUGACAACCCAUUCUAGUGAAGAAGCUCUAGUCUUUAUGGACAGAGCAAAGCCUCAGUUAGUGGAAAUGGAACAUGCCAUGCACAAUCCACAAACUUCACUUUCUUCUCAGAAGUUACAAGCUCUUCAUGAGACCUUCAAAGAAGGCAAAAGCAUUCCCAAACAAGGAGACAACUUCUUAUCUUUUAGCACAGCUUGUGAGACUGAUGUAUCUUCAGUGACCCCAGAAAAAGAAUUGGAGGAGAACUCAGCCACGGGAAGUAGUAUGCAUUCUGGACAUGAACUGUUGCUUAAAGAGAGAGAGAUACUUACUGCUGGUAAACAGCCUAGCUCUGAUAGUGAAUUUUCAGCCACCCUUGCUGGCAGAGGGAAGUCAGUGGCAAAGACUGGUCCAGAGAGUGAUCAGUGCUUACCCCUCCAUGAAAAAAAAGCCUAUAACCAAACACAGAGCUCACUCUUCUAUUCACCAUCUUCUCCAAUGAGCAGUGAUGAUGAAUCAGAAAUAGAGGAUGAGGAUUUGAAGGUGGAGCUUCAGAGAUUACGAGAAAAACACAUUCAGGAGGUGGUAAAUCUUCAAACUCAGCAGAAUAAGGAGCUGCAGGAGCUCUAUGAACGUCUUCGGGCAAUUAAAGAUAGCAAAAUCCAAUCAUCAGAGGUUCCUGGGCCACCUUCAUCACCACGGAGACCAAGAUCUUUCAAAAGCAAACUUCGUAGCCGACCACAGUCCUUGACACAUGUGGAUAGUGGCACAGCUGCUGCGGAUCCAUUGUGUGUGGAAAGUAAUGUAGCAUCAUGCCAGCAAUCUCCAGCUAGUAAAAAAGGGAUGUUCACAGACGACUUACAUAAACUGGUGGAUGACUGGACAAAGGAAACAGUAGGAAAUUCUCUUAUUAAGCCAAGUUUAAACCAACUCAAACAGAGUCAACACAAACUAGAGUCAGACAACUGGAACAAAGUAUACGAGAAUACUCCAUCUACUAUGGGCUACACACCAACAUGGAUUUCUUCUCUGUCCCAAAUCCGUGGAGCUGUCCCAACCUCCUUGCCACAAGGACUCCCACUCCCUUCAUUUCCUGGGCCAUUAUCAUCAUAUGGAAUGCCCCAUGUUUGUCAAUAUAAUGCUGUGGGGGGGCCAGGGUACCCAGUACAGUGGGUAGGAAUUUCAGGAACACCGCAACAGUCUGUAGUAAUUCCUACUCAAUCUGGGGGACCAUUCCAGCCGGGAAUGAAUUUACAGGCAUUUCCAGCUUCAUCAGUGCAGAAUCCAUCUGCAAUCCCUCCUGGUCCCAAAUGAAUCAGAGUAGAGAUGAAGAAAAGGGAGAUUUUUUUUUUCAGAAUUAUUUUCAGGACACCUAAGAUACUAAACGUUCUUCUUCUUGGUUCUGCCAUAUUUUCCCUCAUUUGAGUUUACUUUUCCCUGAAUUUUUGUUGUUGUUGUUCCAUCAUGGUAUUUUAUAUAGCUCAUCAUUCUGUAGAACUGUGCAGUUUGUACAUAGAGCACUGCACACAGAAAUGUUUUUUCACUUCAGAUCCUAUCCUCUUUGAUACUUGAUUUUUUAAAAAUACCGUUCAGAAUGCUUUAAUAAGCUCAGCUUGAGCAUUACCAUUUCCAGGACACUUUCCAUGAAUUGUUGAGAAGCCCCCAUUUUUUACUGCUGCUAUCUGCAGCUGGAUGAUACUUUAAAAUGUAUAAAAACUAUUUAAAUUGAUAUUCCCCAAACGUGGAUGAAGUGAGACCCUCGAACAGCUGGAGUUUUAUGGGAUUCUUCACAUGUUUAUCUUAGGUUUACCUUUCCCAGAAGGCAGGGUAACUUGCUGCAGGAAACGUUUUGGUAUAUGAAAUUAGAAUAACUUUGUCAACCAAUAUAGACCAUGAGCCCUUUUUAAUGUGAUUUUCUUCCCGUCGUCACAGCAGGAGGAGUGAAGCCUUGUUUUAGGUGAGGCGGAGAGAAAGGAAAAAAACAGAACUGUAACAGUUCCUUGAUUCUGCAGAUACUGUAGCUGCUUUAGGAUUUCAAUAGUAAUUCAAAGCAGCUAUCUCCUUGUUUCUCAUGUGCACACUACAUUGUUUUUGAGCAUCUGAGAGGCACUGGUUUGGCUUGCAUUCUUUUGUAAGGGAUAUAUUGCAGCUGAUAUGAAUCUCAUUUUGGGGGAAUCUUGGUAUUCCGAACAAAGAGGAUUCAAGUUACACCUCUAUUGAUCCAUUGUUCUGAAGUAAAAUGUACUUGACACAGUAGGUUGUAGGUUUUGAGACUUAAACAUGAAACACUGGCUUUACAGGGUUCUAAGGUGUGGGGUAUACACUGUCCUGCAGUGAAAUAGUAGACCCUCAAAGGACACUAUUUAAGUUGCCCUUAGCUUUUUUUUUUGAGGGGGGGAUUGCCAUUUUUUUAGUUGUUAUAAUUUCUUGUUAGUAUAUAUAGCAUCCUAGAUGAUUUUAGAUCUUACAUGAUUUUGGCAGCCUCUUUUUAGAAUCUGAGGGAGAUCACUGUCAAGUUGCACUUUACUGGGUUUUAUCCAGUUUUAGAAGGAGGUGAGACAAUGUCAAAAUAUACACUUUUUGCUUUUCAAGAAGGCUAACUAUAAUAAUCCUAAAAGGCUGGUCACAGAGUUACCUAAUGCUCAUUCUGUGAAACCCAAAUAGAAUUCUUAAAUGGUAUUAAUCAACUAUCACAUACACAUGUUUGAAAUACUUUCUACUCUGAAAAUUUCAGGGUCAUUUCUACCAUACAAUUACCUGAUAAUGAAUUCUAUCUACUGGUAACCAUUCCAUAUUACUACCCAACAUUUCUUUGAACAGAUUUUCCUCCAUGUUCCUCUAAAAUUUUUACCCCAUGAGCUUGCCAGGUAAUGAAGAAAACUCAAUAGGUAUACUUUUUUUUUUUUUUGCAUAGUCUACUUUGUGACAUUCAGUACCCCUUUUCAAAAAAGUGUGUCUGGUAUUGCUUCCCUGAGGAUAACACUAAACAUCAUAAAGAUUUUGUCACUAUCCUUUGGGGUGUCUAAGGCAGCAUUUUCAGAAUUGCUGUUGAUAAGAGCCACAGUUUCUUUUCAUAAAUCAUACUGUGGUUUGGGUGAGUCUCUUCUGUACAGAUUCUUCAAAUUUCUCCUACAGUAUUGGUUUGCAAGUCGCAGUGAUUUUAGGACAUUAGUGUAAUGCAAAUACUUGCAUUGCAUUGUUUUCCAUGUGUACAAAAACAAUGCACCUAAAAUCCGUAAUUCUUUAAAACUGCUCGUGUUUCAUUAUAAGAGUUGGCUUUGUGUAAUUACAUUAAGACUUACAACCUAUAAAGUGAAAAUCCUGCAGGUUUUAAGAUCCCUUCCUCUCUACAUGUAAUGCUUUUAAACAGUAUACCCCAGGAUGAAAAAAACCUCCAUGGAUGACAUGCACAAUUACAUUUAUUAAUGGCUGCUCUACAUCAAAUGUCCCACAUUUUGCCACCACCUCUGUUUUAGGUAUGAUUCAUCAUUCAUUUGCCUGCAGACUUUUGCAGUGCCUUGUAAUAUUUAGAAUCUUUUCAGAUUUUUUGCUGGAAAGAAAAGUAGUCUUCUGAAGUUUGAAGAUAGUGAAUAGCAUACUGCUGUCUCCAUGCUGACCGCAGUAGUUGGAUUAACAUAUGUUAUGUAUACAUUAUGUAUAUGUAACAUGUAUAAGUUUAAAAAUACAGAAAAAAAGUGAGUUUGUGCAGAAAUGAAAACAGUGUUAUUCACAUCACUGUGGGUUUUUAUUUUUUUUCUCAUUAAAUGUUUGAUUCAGAUUAUAGUCACUUUGACUGUAAAUAUUGGCUAGUUUUCUAAGUCGGGGUUUUACAUUAUUUCAUAAUUUUGCUAACUCAUAUAAUAGUGCUGUUUUCAUCCUUGCUGAGGUAAUUUUCCUUCCCAAAAGCAGUUAACUCUUGAGGUGAAGCUCAGAAAUUCCCUUCUUACUUAACAAAGAGCCUACUAUAUAACAAGGGCCUUCUACCCAAAACUGUCCUUUUCAUUUUCCUUUUUGUAGGAGAAAGAGGUUGUACUAAACCAUCCUACUUGUAAAGUUUAUUUGGGGGAUAGUCUGUAUGUCCAACCUCUAUGUUUACUUCUCAAAGUACAAGUCUGAUGAAUAGUACUGUAUCUCCAUAUGUGGCAAUGUGAGCAUUUCAUCAUGAAGUACAUGCUGCUAUGUUUGUGAAGUUGGGUGUAACAUCAUAAGACUAUGAAACCAGUAUUGGUGUAAAUCUAAUGAAAAUAACCCUAUGUAUAUUUGUAGCAGUCUUGAAUCUCUAUUUAAGGUAAUUUGCUGUAAUAUAACAAAUAUCCCUUUUGUUUUUCAUCCUUUUCUUGCCAGUUUUAUAUCAAGCAUGAAUUCUCAUGGUUUGACAGCAAAAUUAUCUGUGAAAGUUUAAAAGGCACUUUUCCGCUGUGAUUUUUGGAUUGAGUGUGGAGUGUUAUGUACAAUAUGAAGGGAUGUAUCAUUUUAGAACCCCAGAUUUAACCCAGUCCAAUUACUUUUGUUUAUCUACCUCGUUUUCAGUGCUGUUUAGGGGUGCACAAGUAAACACUGCCUGUGAAACUUGCUUUUUUGCCUUGAUUCUCAGUAUUCUUUCAGGUUAUAAAUCUGGCCUGCCUCCUAGUCCCAGUGCUAAGCAUGAGUUCGAUAUGAGAGGAACCACCACUCUGCCACCAAUCUGUGUUUAAGUGAUGAGAGCCACGUGCCUCUGCAGAAUAAACUUUUGGGAUUUGGGGAAGGAGAGCAGAGAAAGAAAUCCAGCUGGUGGCAAUGUAGGAUUUAGUUUUAGGAGUCAGUCCUAAAAGAAAUGGUAAGAAAGUAUCUAGACAGUCCAGUGCCUGCAACUUUGCAUCUUUUACUAAAGGUGCAUUUCUCGUCUGUGUGCCUAAAGGGCUAUGUGUUGAAAUUGCUUUAACUAUCACAGUGACAUAUUUGCUCAAUCCUACAGCAGUGGCCUGUCAUUCAGCAUAUUAGCAUACUGCUAGGUAUUUUCAGUGGUAUUUUGUUACCUUAAAAUGGCUGUAUGCUUUUAGUUGAAUUGUAGUUGGUGGUAACUGUUUAUUCAAUCUCUAAAGUUUAUUGGAGGCAUUGACUUUCUUCUUUGCUGUCUUUACUGAAUGAUGAAAUGAUGCAUUCUUUUUCUUUUUCCAGAACACUCAGCUAAUGUUUAUAAGCCACAUGUUCUUUGUUUCACAUGGUUACUGUGUAUAACACUACAGCAUAUUUAAUGUUAGCAAAUACUGUAUUUCAGGCUUCAUGCACAAAUACAUUCCUGAAAUAUAUUUGGGAUUCAGUUAUUUAAUCUUCUGUUUGGUUUAGAGAAACUUGAGAUUUGAGGUGGGGUGCAGGCCAUUUUCUAGAAUAGAUUGUUCAUUUUUUCAUUCUAUAGUGUAUUGGGGACUUUUUUUUAUCCCCCUUUGGUUUUGAAGAUGAACCGGUGGGGGGUUGUUGUGUAGAAAAGGCCAUUGAUUUGAUAAAUGUAAUUUCUGAUAAUCAGUUUUGUUUUUUUAAACCAAUACAGACUAUAAAAUUGUGACACUCAAACUUGGUAAAGUCCUUUGAAAUUAGUAUGAAAUUUUGACAGAGCCAAAUGCUUUCAGUUCACCAUGGAAACAGUCUUUGUAUGUGAAGGAUGAACACAAACAUUGGUCAGGGUUCUUGAUAGCCAACAUAGGAAGGGGCCUGGAAUAGUGCUUAGGUGACACUGAAGUUAUUUUCAAGUGAGAUAGUUGGAAGAGUGUACAAACCAACAGUUCCCAUUCUGGAAGGUUUUCUCUUAAUUAAAAAAAA